AUGGUCGGAUCAAAGGCCUAUAAUGUGGUGCGCAUUGCUAAAUUCGGUCCCAUUAGAGCCAUUAGAUCUCUCUCGCAAACAGCGAGGGUUUUUAGUUCUUCUAGCAGCAACAUUGGAAGUUCUGAACCACAAUUUACCCAUUUUGGCUCCCAAACUGUUCCCAAAGAUGAGAAGGAAAAAUUGGUUGGCAACGUUUUCUCAUCAGUAGCAUCUAAAUAUGACAUAAUGAACGAUGUCAUGUCAUUAGGCAUCCAUAGAUGCUGGAAAGAUCGCUUUAUUAACAAGUUGGAUGCUGGUAAGAGACCAAACUCUACAGAACCACUGCAUUUCAUUGACGUUGCUGGAGGUUCAGGUGACAUUGCGUUUGGGCUUCUUGAUCAUGCUGAGGAAAAAUUUCACGAUACAACGUCAACCAUGGAUAUAGUAGAUAUUAAUGCGGAUAUGCUGAAAGAGGGUGAAAAAAGAGCAUUAAAUCAAAAGAAGUAUUUCAAUGAUUCAAGAGUUAGAUUUCUUGUUCAGAACGGUGAAACUCUGGACCAAAUUAAAUCAAAUUCAAAGGACAUUUAUACCGUGUCGUUUGGUAUUAGAAAUUUCACCAACAUUCAAGCUGGUCUAGAUACAGCAUAUAGAGUUUUGAAACCAGGUGGUAUUUUUUACUGUUUGGAGUUCUCAAAAAUUGAAAAUCCUGUGAUUGAUGUUGUGUACCAGCAAUGGUCAAAAGUUCUACCUGUUAUGGGAUCAUUUAUUGCUAAUGAUCAUGAUUCUUACCAAUAUCUAGUGGAGUCCAUUGAGAGGUUCCCAGAUCAGGAAACUUUCAAAUCGAUGAUUGAAAAAUCCGGCUUUCAAUGCGCUGGAUAUGAAAGUUUGACAUUUGGUACGUGCGCUAUCCAUUGGGGUGUCAAAGUCUGA